AUGGCACUCUCGGAGAUUCUGAGCAGAAUGGCGUCGCAGGAUACGGUGCCUCUAACACCCCGUGAAGCAGCAUCUGGCCUUCUGGGCUCGGUAUCUAUGACUUGCUGGAUUUUUCUAUUGGUACCCCAACUGAUCGAGAACUAUCGCAAUGGCAACGCGGAGGCUAUCUCCCUCCUCUUCGUCUUCGUCUGGUUCAUCGGUGAUAUCACAAACCUCCUCGGCGGCGUCCUAGCAGGCCUAGUUCCCGUCAUCGUUGCCAUUGCCGUGUAUUUCUGUAUCGCAGAUGGUGUGCUAAUCGCCCAAUGUCUCUACUACAAGGCGCGUAACGCGCGUCUCGAGAAUAUUCACCGCCGCCGGCGCUCCUCCACCGAGACCCCCGAUCCAACCACCCCGCUCCUUGGCCGCCGUUUCAGCGACUCUGUCCCAGCCGCUCAUGGCCGACGGAGAUCAUCUGGUUCGAUGCGCGGUCAUCAGGGUAUGGGUCGUCGCGAGAGCCAGGUUGAGGAUCCGCUGGCCAAGAUUGUGGAGGAGAUUGAGUACGGGCGCGAGGCAUGGAUUAAGAACCUGAUUAGUGUGAUUGGUAUCUUUGUGGUUGGAAUGGCUGGGUGGACGAUUGCCUGGCAGACGGGGAUGUGGGCGCCGGCACCACAAGAGAAUACCAAGCCAGCUGAUAUGGUGACUGGUGGUGCGGUUUUGGGCUAUGCCAGUGCUGUGUGCUAUCUUGGAGCGAGAUUGCCUCAGAUCUAUAAGAAUUACCGGGACCAGUCCUGUGAAGGCCUCUCGCUCCUCUUCUUCAUUCUUUCCCUUCUGGGAAACCUCACCUAUGGCGCCGGGAUCCUGUGCCACUCGACCGACCAUGAUUAUGUGGUCACCAACCUGCCUUGGCUAAUUGGAUCUCUGGGCACCAUGGCGGAAGAUGUGGUCAUCUUCAUUCAAUUCCGCCUCUAUGCGAUUCAAGACGCUCAAACCUUGCCAAGCUCAUGA